AUGAGGGCGGCGCCGUGGGGCGGCGGCUGCGGCGGCGGCACGCCUCUCGCAGCGGUGCUGCUGUCGGCUGUGCAAGUGCUGGCGGCGCUCCAGCUGGUGCUGCCGCUGCCGGCGGCGGCCGACGGCGGCGACUUCACUCUGAGGAGCGAACCGGCUGCCGGAGAUGUGGAGGAUGAAUAUUUUGAGACGGUGCCUCAGGGCCUCAACUCGGCAGACAGCAGCACCGCGCCGCGCCUGGGAGCGCUUUUAGAGGGACCCAAGGGCAAGCAGAUAACGCAGUGCGUGCGCAAGAAGGAGAUUGUGGUGUUCAAGGAUGGCUACCGCAGCAGGGCGUACUGCCUGUCGGAGUGCACGCAGGUGUGUGCUCUGACCAUCAACCCACCAGCCAAAGCCGAGGCCGGAAAAUGA